UUAUUCCGGUCAUGCAAAGAAAGAUAACGGGGUGAGCAGCCUGUGCAUUAGACAUACUACUGUGCUCUGGUAGUAGCGUGUCGUUUGGAUUAACUGCUACUCUCAAUCAAAAGUGUCCCGUGGUGUCUUCCUACACGAUAAUCAUUCGUUCGCUUUGCGUAUCGGUAAUACGCUCCGCCUGAGCAGUGCAUGACGCUACAAGUAAAUUCUAGGGUCUGGGUUUCUACUGGAUGUGAAGGAGGGCUUGAAGCCAAGCCCGCCCUCUCGAGACGUAGUUCGUGCUUGAACUGCCUUCUCAAGAGCUUUACACGUAAAUGCAAGACGGAAUAACCCUCAGUGCCCUGCGGAACUGCGCGGUGCACGUCGAAGAAAAGUGACCAUGAAGUGACAAUCCGACGCUCGCCGAUUAUCACCGACCUGUCCAUGGUUAUCGCGGUGAAACGGUAGUGAGUGUUCCCCAUCCCUUGCCACUCAAGAAGAAGACGCAGAAGCCGAAAAGCUGAAGACCAGAACGAGCUAGUGAAGUCGGAUCUUGCCAUGCCAACCGCGGAUGCAGAGCCGGGCAUCGGCACGGAGCCUCUAGCCCCGGUCUCAGAGAACCAACCCCAGGGUGAACGCGCAGUGAGUGUGCUGUGGUCGUUUGGGAAAUGCCUGGGUGCUCUGCUACCAGUGUACCUGGCCGGAUAUUACGGCCUCAGCGUCAGCAUUGUUCUAUUCGGUCUGGUGAUCUACAUGGGAUGGAAACACGGGCGACAAGAGAAAGUGAUGAGGCUCAAGUCUGCUAUGUACCUCCUGGACAACGAGAGGGAAUUCACCACUCAAACGGUUUUCAGAGCCAAAAGAGAUUUGCCUCCCUGGGUGAGUACUGACACCCCCUCUGUUAGGGUCAUUCUCUGCAGAAUCCUGCAGCAGGCUUGGCCCUUUAUCGGCCAGUAUCUGGAGAAGUUACUUGUGGAAAUCAUUGCUCCUGCCAUCCGUACUUCCAGCAUUCAUCUGCAGACUCUGAGCUUCACCAAGGUUAACAUAGGCGACAAGGCGCUGAAGGUGGCUGGCGUAAAGGCUCAUACGGAAAAUGAUAAGAGACAAGUUAUGUUGGAUUUGUACUUAAGCUAUGCCGGUGAUGUUGAGAUCAAUGUUGAAAUCAAAAAGUACUUUUGCAAAGCUGGAGUAAAAGGAGUCCAGCUUCACGGGAUGCUGCGUGUGAUCCUCGAGCCUCUGAUUGGAAACAUACCGCUGGUUGGAGCUGUCACAAUGUUCUUCAUUCGCAGGCCUAAACUGGACAUCAACUGGACUGGACUUACCAACCUCUUAGAUAUCCCUGGAUUGAAUGCCAUGUCGGACACUAUGAUAAUGGAUGCAAUUGCCUCCCACCUGGUGCUCCCCAAUCGUCUCACUAUUCCCUUGGUGGCCGACCUGCACGUUGCGCAGCUCCGCUCCCCUCUCCCAAGGGGAGUCGUGCGUAUUCACCUGCUGGAGGCUGAGGACCUGACCGCCAAGGACACGGUCAUCAAGGGCUUAAUCGAUGGGAAGUCAGACCCGUACGCUGUGCUGCGUGUUGGAACCCAGAUUUUCACCUCUCAUCACGUCGACAGCAACCUGAACCCGCAGUGGAGGGAGAUGUAUGAGGUGAUUGUCCAUGAAGUACCUGGUCAGGAGUUGGAAGUGGAAGUAUUUGACAAAGACCCAGACCAGGAUGACUUCCUGGGGAGGGUCAAAAUUGAUCUUGAUAUUGUAAAGAAGGCCAGAGUUGUGGAUGAUUGGUUCGAUCUGAGGGACGUCGCAUCUGGCAGUGUUCACCUCCGGCUUGAGUGGCUCUCUCUGCUGUCCUCUGCUGACAGACUGACUGAGGUGAUUGCGAAGAACCAGAAUUUGACCAGUAAGGUGGCUGAACCUCCGUCUGCUGCCAUCCUAGCUGUCUAUCUCGAUCAGGCUUAUGAGCUGCCUAUGAGAAAAGGUAAUAAGGACCCAAGCCCGAUGGUACAGAUUUCUGUUCAGGAUAAAACUAAAGAGAGCAAGACUUGCUACGGUACAACCAGCCCAGUGUGGGAAGAUGCUUUUACCUUCUUCAUUAAGGAUCCUCACAAACAAAAUAUCGACAUUCAGGUAAAAGAUGACGACCGAGCUCUGUCCUUGGGCAGUCUAAAAAUCCCUCUGGCCCGUCUUGUCGGGGUGCCCGAGCUCACCAUGGAUCAGUGGUUCCAGUUGGAGAAUUCGGGUUCAGCCAGCCGCAUCUUCAUCAAAAUCGUGCUGAGGGUUGGUAUUUCACAUACACAAAUACUUAAGCACUUAUUUUGUGCACAGACUUUAAUGGCCAAGGACAACUUUAUGGGUGGCAUGGUGAAGGGGAAGAGCGACCCCUACGUGAAGAUUCGUGUCGGGGGUAUAACCUUCCGCAGCCACACCAUCAAAGAGAACCUCAACCCUGUCUGGAACGAACUCUACGAGGUUAUUUUGACCCAACUUCCAGGUCAAGAAAUCCAGUUUGAGUUGUUUGAUAAGGACAUUGAUCAGGAUGACUUCCUGGGAAGGUUCAAACUCAGCCUACGAGACAUCAUCAGCGCACGAUACACCGAUACGUGGUACACUCUAAAUGAUGUGAAGUCUGGUCGAGUUCACCUGAUGCUGGAGUGGCUGCCGAGGGUCUCCGACCUCUCCAGACUGGAGCAGAUCCUGCAGUACCAGUCCCUGCAGUCUUUCCAAAACAAGGUGGUGCCGUCAGCCGCUCUGGUGUUUGUGUACGUGGAGCGUGCCCACGGCCUUCCGCUGAAGAAGAAUGGAAAGGAGCCAAAAGUUGGAGCUGAGAUUAUCCUUAAAAAUGUUUCAUACAAAACCAAGGUCUCUGAGCGCUCCACGUCCCCUCGAUGGGAUGAAGGCUUUCACUUUUUGAUUAGUGACCCCAGAAGUGAAAUACUCACAGUCAAGCUUUCCCACAGCUGGGGCCAGGCUCUCGGCUCUUUGACACUUCCUCUGAGGGAGGUGCUGGCUGAGACAGACUUGGUUCUGGACCGCUGGCUCAAUCUGGAUGGAGCGCUGCCAGAGAGCCAGAUACUGUUGAUGGUCAUACUGAAGAUCCUGGACACUCAGCUGGCAGUGUGUCGUGGGGCUGUAGGGGAGGGAGGUGUCGAUUACGUCAUCCCUAAAUGGGAUCCUUCUCACCUGGACCUCAGACACAGACCUGGAUUCUCCAUAGCAUUGGUAGCGCGUUCCAAGGAUGGCGCAGACCCGUAUAUUUCCUUCAUCCUGUUGCCUGACAAGAAGGCUACCACCAAGAGGAAAACUGUGACCAAGAAGAAAGACCUCAGCCCAGAAUUCAAUGAGAGGUUUGACUUUGACUUAUCAGUCGAGGAAUCCUCUCAGAGAAGACUGGACCUGUCUGUGAAGAACAGUGUCUCUUUCAUCAGCCGAGAGAAGGAGCUUAUCGGCAAGUUGCAGCUGGACCUGGACCAAAUUGACCUCAAGACGGGUGUCACACAGUGGUACGACUUGGCAGCAGAGACCAACUAAAAGAAUCGAUGCCUGAUCCUCAGGCUUCUACUUUCAAACAUAAGCAUUGCUUCUGUGAUCUGUGAUUUGUGCGUGUGUGUAUAUUCAGCUUAAAUGGAAAUUUCCACCAUCAAUGGAGAAAAAAAUGAUGACAUAUCUGUUCCAGAAAAACACAGUCCAUCAGUAUUUAUGAGCAAAACUUUACUUGUCGCUAAAUAUUCGUGACGUGAUAACUGUGCUGAAUCCAUUCUGUCUCAGGCAGAUAUUUAAGCUGAAUAAAUAUUUGAUAAUAACGCAACUAUGUUGCUCGACAAACCAAGGUUAUGUGUGUUUAAAGCAUGCAAAAAAGUCCUCUUGCAUUUUAGCUUUAAAAGGGCUUAUAUAUUUGUCCAAUUUCCAAAGGUACGACGACAUUUUAUGGAUCCAACAAAACGGAAAAACAUUUAUUUGAAUUUUAUUUUUUACUGUCUCCAAACAGUUCCUGUUAUGGCUUUGCUUAUGUGAGUUUAUAUUACUGCCAUAAGUAUUUCAAAACUGUGCACAGUUCGUCAGUGUUUAAGAAAUAUGUUCCAGAUGAAGUUUUAUAUGUUUUAACCAGAACUUUCUGAAUGUUCAUUUUUUAAAUCAAAGUGUUACAAGCCUUCACCGUCAAAUUACCACUGAGAACAGAGGUACGAUACCGUACGCAGUCUUAAUCACUGUGCUUUUACCAAGAGAAAACUUUGUAGAUGUUUUGUCCAGAGCUCCUUUGUGUUUUUACGUGUUUGUAGUCCUAAAUGCAAAUGGCUGAUGGCUUACAGUCAUGUUUAUGCUUUAUUUUUACACGCAAAACCCUUUUUGACCUCACGAGAAGCAGAUUAUUGUAUACAUGUUCCGGGACAGCUUCCAUGUCCCAUCAUGUCUCACCUCACUGCAGACACUUAGACACUGAUUUGUGGUAAAGGGUGAAAAAAACCAGAGUGUCAGAAGUAAAAAGGAAAACUGCUGUGCUUUGAUAAUUUCAACAUAUCAUCAUGCAUCUGCUAAAGCUGCUGAUUAAACUUUGCACUCCUGUGAAUCCA